UCAGCAGCAGCGAGACCCAGUGGACGUGCACCAGCCUUGCUCCAGGGAUUUCUGUGCGUAUUCAACCCCGACGAGACGCCCGGGACGCGCGUCUACCUGUUUGCUCUGAACUGGAUACUGUGGUGCCACCUCACGCAUCCGCACACUUCAGACUUGUCACCUCUUCGAAGCGAGCUGCUGCGUAAUGAGCAGCGCGCCCGAGGGAAGAGCCAUCACCAAACUUUAAAGUAGACUUUGCAACUUUAGUGGCAGCAGCGCGCAUCAUCACUUGACAGGAGCGCGGAUCAUUUCUCUGGAAAACUUUAAAACAUGAGACUCUUUUUUUGGGGGGGAAACAUGUUCAGCAAGUGCUCCGUUGUGUUAUUGAGCGUCCUCUUUCUGGCGCGGGCGCUCUCGGCUCACGAGUGCACGCCGUGCGACCUCCGGACCUGUCCGUUGAAAGCCGCGCACGGCUGCGAGGGUGGCCGGACCAUGGCGAGGGAUCCGUGCGGAUGCUGCGACCAGUGCGCCCGCCUGGAGUGGGAGCCCUGCGGCGGACAGGACUGGGCGCACGGCUACUGCGCCCUGGGGCUGACGUGCGCCUCUGUCAACGGAUCCGGAGCGGCCACCAUCCCUGAGAUCGGAGUGUGUAAAGUGCUCCCCGACCAUCCAGAGGCAGGCCUGGAGGACGACCGAUGUCCCCUGAUGACAGGCUGCGACAGGGCCGGAGGAGAGUGUGUGUGUGAUGCCCGUCACUCCUGCUUGGGCUCUUUCACGUACCCAGACCAAGAAACCUGCAUGAAGACCAGCAAGUCAGAGGGUCGGAGGCACGAGCACCGGGAGAGACACAGAGAGAAGUAUGUGGGACCAUCCAACCCGGCCUGCAUGUUCUCCGGGUGUAACCUGACCGCUGAGGGCUGUGUGUGCGAGUCUCAGAGCUGCCACCACCACUUCGCCUACAUCAACCGCAGCCAGUGCCAGGAAGCCGCAGAGGAGCUGAGGUGUGCUGGGGUGACGUGUCCUGAUCUGCAGGUGCCCUCCUGCCCCCAUGGAUCAGUCCUGACCAAGAGCUACACGCCCCCUGCUGGUUGCUGUCCCUCCUUUCCUCCCCAGUGCACCUGCGACCUCCGCGCCUGCCACAAGCCGCAGUGCCAGGGCGGACAGCGAGCCGUGCCGCUCAGCCAGGCCAGCGGUCUGCCGGGAAACUGCUGUGACGUGUUUGAGUGCCAGAAAGUCUCCCCAAAUUGCAUCCACAACGGGAAGGAUUUCUCAGAGGGAGAGGUGUACCGCAUGGACCCCUGCUGGCUGUGUCAGUGCCGAGGAGGAAUCUCCUUCUGCUCCAAGGCAGAGUGCGCUGAGCUGGACUGUGAGAACUUCUACAUUCCUGAGGGCGAGUGUUGCCCUGUCUGCUUAGAUGUGGAGCUGCUGUCGCUGGACAGCACUAAGGCCAGCUGCUGGUCGAAUAAUAAGCUGCGAGCGCACGAGGAACAGUGGAAAGAGGACGACUGCACCUUCUGCCAGUGUGUGGAUGGAGACCCGCACUGCACGGCCAUGGCUUGCAAGCAGAGCUGCCAAAACCCUGUCAAGAUCCCCGGAGAGUGCUGCCCGUUCUGUGAAGAGCCUUCCUAUGAAACCGUCAGCCCCCUGCUGUGUCCUCCCCUGGAAAACUGCUCUCUGUCAGGGAACGACUGCCCCUACGGCUUCCAGCAAGACAGAAAUGGAUGUCUCCUCUGCCAGUGUCUCAGCAAUGACUCCUGCCCCGAACUGGGAAGAUACUGCUCCCUGCAAUGCCCGAUGGGAUACGAGAGGGACGAUUUUGGCUGUGAGGUGUGUGAGUGCAGCAUCCCCUUGCCAAAGUGCCGACCCCUGACCUGCACUAAGACCUGCCCUUAUGGAUAUGUGAGGAACAAGCACGGCUGUGAGAUGUGCCGCUGCGUCAAGUGUCCCCCCUUCACCUGCGACCAACACUGCAGUGAUGGCUAUCGACAGAACCGGAAGGGCUGCUCUGUUUGCAUGUGCAAAGAAAGUAGCCACGUCCCGAGCACCACCGCCCUGGCCCCGAUGCCCAGCUACUGCCUCACCUCCAACGGGCACCGGUACGAGGAGGGCGACGGCUGGCACGACGGCUGCCGCGACUGCUACUGCCACUCAGGCCGGGAGAUGUGCGUGCUCAUUUCCUGUCCCGUACCCAGCUGUGCUCACCCGGUGGUCAGGCUUGACCAGUGUUGUCCUACGUGUGAGGAUGAGUCAGGCAGCGGUCAGCCAGAGGGGAUGGACAUGGUGGUGUGCAGAGCCCCCGGGGGGGAGUUCUACGUGGAGGGGGAGACGUGGAACCUGGACGAGUGCACACGCUGCACCUGCAGGAAGGGACGCGUCCUGUGCGACACAGAAGUGUGUCCCCCCGCUCUGUGCCAGACUCCGACCAGGAACAAGGACACCUGUUGCCACGUCUGUCCAGAGGAGACGUUGAGCCCCUUGCUGCCGGUGAACAACAGCCAGCAGGAGUACUGCAUAACCAGCGACGGGGACGUGCUGCUGGCCGGAGACUCCUGGAAGGCAAACGCCUGCAGCAGCUGCACCUGCAACAACGGCACCAUUCAGUGUUUCUCUCAGCGCUGUCCCGCUGCCAACUGCAGGGUGCCCGUCUUACGCAAGGGCCAGUGCUGCCCACACUGUCUCGAAAUCACAACAUCAGUGCCGGUGAUGGUUUCCACCAGCGUGCGCAAGAAGACGGUCACGACAGCGGGGAGCACGGUGUGGAUCACCACUGCAGCUGUGUCACCGGCCAUCAUCGCCCAAACAGAUGAGCCAGGAUUGGGUGAGAACUACCCCAGCCAAACAGAGAUGGCCCUGAUCUACCAAUCAGCGGCCUGGAUCUUGGCGGGGCUCCUCCUGGCCAUCAUCAUCUUCAUCAUCGUGGCGUUACUCAUCAACAAGAAGAAGAAGUGGGUGCAGAUGUCCUGCUACAGCGCACCAAAGAAGACGGUGAGCCUAAAGAAGCACGUCAACAAGAACUCCGUGGUCUACAUGGAGCCCUCCAAGGAGAACAAAUUUCAGAACGUGAAGAACGACUGCGGCCUCAUCCACUUCUCUCCGGACAUGGGCUCCCCCUGCGCGGACAAGAUGACCAUCCCCAGGGCCAAGCUGAGCAUGGGCAAAGACUGGACGUCGCGUUAAAGCACGGAGCCACACAUCCACCACUCAAGACUCUGCAGAUCAGAGCUGUCCAACACCUCCUCCUCUCUCUUACUGCUGUAUCCUCGGGCCGCCACCAUGUUCCCACCCUUUUCUCUGUGUGACAGCAAAACCGAGGGUGCUCCACGAGAGACACAGCCAGUCACCUCGGCCUCUUUUUAUCGCAUGUACGUAUUCUUCUGUGUUUGGCGGAGCGAGACGCUGGCAGCCGGACGGACGGGGUGGACAUGUAAAAGGACACGGCCACUCCGCACUCCGCUUUAAAAGAGAGGAAGAGGCAGCCAGCGAGACUCCUCUGUCAGAAUCAGACUUUGACUGUGAAUUGUAAUUUUUUUUUUUUUUGCUUUUUGUUGCCUCCUUGGAAACUCGAACGUGGAGGCAGUGAGCGGAGCGUUAAAAGCUUUAGGACAAACAGGGGUUUGAGCUGUAGUGUGAAGGGGACAGGAGAGAGGAGACUGCCCACCUGAGUGCUGCAGUGUUUCACUGAUGGAAUCAGUAGCAUCAGCAGGGAGGCCAAAGGAACUGAUAAUCCACCUGGAUCGAAAUGAGUCCAGCAGCCAAAUCGAGUCAACAGGCUUUAUACCGAAUAUAUAGACCCGCAGAUCCAAACCCCUGCUGUAGAAUGUGUGGUUUCCAUCUUUAGUUUUUGUAUAUUUCUACAGUAUUUGUACUAGUUGAAAUGUUGUUCCUGGCCGCCUUUCGUUUGUAUCAUGGAUGUCUCCAUGGGGGCCAGAUAGAAUCAUUUAAAAAAAAAUGCCCAUUUAAACAUUCCUUCACCUCAUCCCAUGCAACAGCUUCUUGUUUCUACCUUUAAAUGACCCGAGUCAUUCCAUUCAGAAAACCCCCGACCACGUACCGCAGCUGUGCGAGAAAAGAUAAACACGUGAGUUUGCCCUCUUAUCUGGUCCGCGACGCGAUAAGCCAACAGUCUUCACACGGUAUCUCACUCGGCUCCUCCCUCAGUCGUAUUUCAUCAAGUCAAGAAUCGCAGCAGGGUUGGAGAUGAAGACGAGUGAUGCUGGUCCAGGAGGAAUGUCAGUUUUAUUGACUGCAGAGGAGACCUGAGAGGAAUGGCUUUGAUAGCAUGCCUCACUUCAUCGCCUCAUUCACAGCUCUGUGUGUCUGUGUGUGGAGCUAGCGUUCACACGGAAUGUUACUGAUGGUUCAUAAUACGCCUUAAUUCUAUGGCCUUAAUACAUUUCCUUUCAUAUCUUUUCAUUUAAUAACUGUGUUAGCCCAUAUUGAAAAAUAAGUAAUUUAUUCACCCAUUAUUAAGAUGGACAGAUUAGGUUGGACAGCGUCACUAAUGGUUCCUAUCAGCUCUUCAUUAUACUAGUGAAUUAUAGGAUGUGGGGACAUGAGAGUUUUACUGUUUGUAACUGUACAAAAUGGUACACAUUACAAUGUUAGGAGCAUGUUCAAGAGACGUAGCACUUUUUCUCUGGAGCCAGUGUUUUUUAAAGAAAGCCCACUGGAGGAUUCUUGGAGGGAUAAAGGCCCUAAUCAGGGAUUUGAUAGGCCUAUUAAGCACACCACGUAAACCACUCGAGUGAACGCGCUGCUGCAGCGAGAGGCUCCGCACCGGUCUGAUCAGCACGGUGGAGGCUGGGCUCCGAGAAGCGUUGUGAAACCAGCCGAGGUUUCGUAGAAACGUUUGGAUCAAGAGUUCUCAACCCAUUGCCAAUUUCUCAAAACAAAGAACAUUCUGAUGCCAAAAUUGGUCUGAGACCAAUUAAUACUGAAGUGUUUUCUUAGUACCAGUAGAUGUAUCUGUUUGGAUCAUGACCAUGUGCUUUAAGAUGAAGAGGUGACUGUAAAAGCUUACGCAAUUCUUUGUUCUCCUAUGUGUAAAAAAAAAAAAGUAAAAAAAAGUAGUUUAAAUUAGUAGGACAGAAGAUACCUUAUUUAUUUUUUCACAUAGCUUUAUUUAUUAAUACUAAACUAUAGUUUGAGAAUUUUUUUUUGUCUUUUUGAAAAAUGAUCUUUUGGUAGCUAAAGCUGCUGUACAUUGUAGACCAUUUACCAUUUGUAUCUGCUAUAUUCGAUUCAACCUUAUUUAUUUCACUGUUGCAGACCCUGUAAAUAUGUUUCCUAGAUGAUGAACUGUAACAUUUACACUUAUUUUGAAAAAUAAAUGUGUGAACCAAA